GCGCGGCGGAGCGCGAUGAGCCGCCCGUCCUCCGCCGGCCCCGGCGCUAGCAAGCCCUGCAGCAAGCCGCCGCCGCCCCAGCACAGCAGCGCCCCGUGCCCGGCUGCGCCCCCGGCCGCCGCCACCAUCUCGGGCGCGGGCGCCGGCUCGGCCGCGGUGCCCGCCGCGGCGGCGGCGGCGGCGGCGGGGGUGAUCUCGGGCCCGGGCGGCGGCGGGGCCGGGGGCGGCGGAGGCGGCGGGCCCGGCCCCUCGGCGUCCCCGCAGCACCACGAGCUGACCUCGCUCUUCGAGUGCCCCGUGUGCUUCGACUAUGUGCUGCCCCCGAUCCUGCAGUGCCAGGCCGGGCACCUGGUGUGCAACCCAUGCCGCCAGAAGCUGAGCUGCUGCCCGACGUGCAGGGGCGCCCUGACGCCCAGCAUCAGGAACCUGGCGAUGGAGAAGGUGGCCUCCGCCGUGCUCUUCCCCUGCAAGUACGCCACCACGGGUUGUUCCCUCACACUGCACCACACGGAGAAGCCAGAGCACGAAGACGUCUGCGAGUACCGGCCCUAUGCCUGUCCCUGCCCCGGUGCCUCUUGCAAGUGGCAGGGCUCCCUGGAGGCGGUGAUGUCGCAUCUCAUGCACGCGCACAAAAGCAUCACCACCCUGCAGGGAGAGGACAUCGUCUUCCUGGCCACGGACAUCAACCUGCCGGGCGCUGUGGACUGGGUGAUGAUGCAGUCGUGCUUUGGCCACCACUUCAUGCUGGUGCUAGAGAAGCAAGAGAAGUACGAGGGCCACCAGCAGUUCUUCGCCAUCGUGCUGCUCAUCGGUACUCGCAAGCAGGCCGAGAACUUCGCCUACCGCCUGGAGCUCAACGGCAACCGGCGGAGACUGACAUGGGAGGCCACACCGCGCUCCAUCCAUGAUGGCGUGGCCGCCGCCAUUCUCAACAGCGACUGCCUGGUCUUCGACACGGCCAUCGCCCACCUCUUUGCGGACAAUGGCAACCUGGGCAUCAAUGUGACCAUUUCCACCUGCUGCCCAUGACUCGGGUUUUUCUGGAGACUUUUUUCUUCCAACUUCACAGCCCAGAACCCUUGCACCUGGCCUCCCACCCAGCGACCCAGAUCCGCAUUGCCCUCAGCCCAGCGAAGCCCCUUCAGCGACGUUGGAUGGGGCUAGCAUAGGUUUAGGCAUCUCCCUGGGUCGCUAGAUUUGUGUUUCUUUCCCGAGGGCCACGGGGGGUGCCUGUGAUCAACGUGUUCAGAAUGGGAGGCGCCUGCCCACCACCUGCCUUGCCCACCUACCCAGGGGGCCUCUUGGUGGGG